GCGGCCCCGCGGCGGGGAGGGGCGGGGCGGGCGCGGGCGCGCGCAGGCGGCGGCGGAACCCGGCGGAGCAGCGUCGCCAACUCGUGUGGGACCCGCCGCUGGGCCGGCGCCCGCUGUCCGCGCCCGGUGCUCCCGCCGCAGUCGACCCGCCGCCCGCCGCCCAAGCUCUCGUGAGGCUGGCAUGCAGGAUGGCAGGACAACCCAGCCACAUGCCCCACGGAGGGAGCCCGAACAACCUCUGCCACGCCCCGGGGCCUUCGCACCUGCCUGACUCCCAGAGGCACCCGAACACCCUGUCUUUCCGCUGCUCUCUGGCCGACUUCCAGAUCGAGAAGAAGAUAGGCCGAGGGCAGUUCAGUGAGGUCUACAAGGCCACCUGCCUGCUGGAUCGGAAGACAGUGGCUCUGAAGAAGGUGCAGAUCUUUGAGAUGAUGGAUGCCAAGGCCAGGCAGGACUGCGUCAAGGAGAUCGGCCUCCUGAAGCAACUGAACCAUCCGAAUAUCAUCAAGUACCUGGACUCGUUCAUCGAGGACAAUGAGCUGAACAUCGUGCUGGAGCUGGCCGACGCAGGCGACCUCUCGCAGAUGAUCAAGUACUUCAAGAAGCAGCAGCGGCUCAUCCCUGAGAGGACCGUGUGGAAGUACUUCGUGCAGCUGUGCAGUGCUGUGGAGCACAUGCACUCCCGCCGUAUCAUGCACCGAGACAUCAAGCCUGCCAAUGUGUUCAUCACAGCGACGGGCAUCGUGAAGCUUGGUGACCUUGGCCUGGGACGCUUCUUCAGCUCGGAGACCACAGCAGCACACUCCCUCGUUGGGACCCCAUACUACAUGUCACCGGAGAGGAUCCACGAGAACGGCUACAACUUCAAGUCCGACAUCUGGUCCCUGGGCUGUCUUCUAUAUGAGAUGGCCGCCCUGCAGAGCCCCUUCUACGGUGAUAAAAUGAAUCUCUUUUCCCUCUGUCAGAAGAUUGAGCAGUGUGAUUACCCACCGCUCCCAGGGGAGCACUACUCGGAGAAGCUCCGAGAACUGGUCAGCAUGUGCAUCUACCCCGACCCGGACCAGAGGCCAGACAUCGUGUACGUGCACCAGGUGGCCAAGCAGAUGCACGUCUGGAUGUCCAGCACCUGAGUGGGCACCAAGCCUCUUCAGAACCAACACCACUUUGCCUUGAGUCUUCUGAAGCAGCCUCCUACAGCCUGAACAGCUGAGACAAGAGGGCUCAGGAGAUCCCCCAGGGCAGCCGAAGCUGAAAACAGAGCAGCCAGGCCAUGGUCAAACCCCAAGUCCUUUCUCUGUACUGUUUGGACCAUCUCCGCUGGCUUGUUUUAAGGGGCGUUCAGCGAGCCACCAAAGCCUCCUGUAUCUGGACUGUAAUGUGAAUCUGGGGAAUUCCGAGGCCUGCCUGAGUCUACACUGGCAGGAGACUUGCAGGGGACACUGUGACUUGUGUGAGCUGCUGACAAUGGUUAGCAGCAAGUUCAAUUUAGUUCUUAGUAUCUUUUCAGACAAUCAAGCUGUGUGCUCAAUUUACUCUGUUGUAAAGGGAUAAAGUGGAAAUGAUUUGUUAAAACUAGAGUAGAUAUUUCACUAAUAUUUUUAGUCUGCAUUUUAUAACUUGAUGAGUGAUGACGAGAACUCAGCACCUAGCAGAGCUUUGUGAGGCAAAUGGCACCUGGAAGCCAGGUUGUGCGGUCUGUACUCAUCUCCUGAACCCUGCCAUGUGCCAGGCACCCAGCCCAUCACCUCCAGGAGUGCUGGUGGCUCGUUUCGUGACUAGUGUUAAGCAUUUCCCUCCGUGGAAAGGAAGCGUGGGACACAAGCUUUGCCCCUGGGUUCUUCUUGGCAAAUCCUUGUUCUACAACUUCCCAGUGUGACCUCGGGCACGUUACUUAGCCUUUCUGAGCCUUAGUUUCCUAAUCAGCUAAUACCGUCUACCUUCAGGUAGACAGAAUUCGAGAUAAAACUUGCAAGGCAGCACAAAGCAGACGAUCCCGAAGGGAACUUAAGCCCCUGGACCAUUCAUGUCAAGAAUUAAAAAGUGCAACUGUAUCAUGUGUAGGAAACCAGAAAUAUGUUCAUUUAUUGCUUGUUCCCAAAUAGGAUUAACUGUGAAGACUAAUUUAUAAAUGUGAAUUAAGGAAAUUCAAGCUCUAAAUGCGAGUUGAACUGUGUUUUUAUAUGAAAGUUAACCUUCCCGGGGUCGAGGUCAGGGGUCUCCUGACUGCACCUGGCUGGCAGGGCCCUGAGGCUGCUGACUGUCUCCACUCUGAGCUCUGCUCUGCCCAGCACCGAGAUGCUGUCGGGCUUCAGAGCUGUCCCCAGAUGCCUCUGCUCUGUAUGCGCCUUCAUGUGCUUGAAAUAAAGUGGGGAGAAGGGCA